CUCUCAGGUGAAGGGUCCAGGCUGAGCAAGCCGAGCGACGAGCUCAGCUGAUGCAACCUAACUGGGCCCGCGUGCCACUUUCCGGCACGCGGCGGCGGCGGCGACCAAGGAAGCGGCGCGGUGCCGGCCUGAACGCGGGAGGCAGGGGCGACGGAGCCAUGGGGGACGCUGCGAGCCCUGAAGAGAAGCUGGUUCUUAUCACCCGGAACCUACAGGAGGUUCUGGGGGAAGACAAGCUGAAGGAGAUACUCAAGGAACGGGAGCUUAAAGUUUACUGGGGAACAGCAACCACAGGCAAGCCACACGUGGCUUACUUCGUGCCUAUGUCUAAGAUUGCGGACUUCCUGAAAGCAGGAUGCGAGGUAACGAUCCUGUUUGCGGACCUUCAUGCUUAUCUGGAUAACAUGAAAGCCCCAUGGGAACUUCUGGAACUCCGAACCAGCUACUACGAGAAUGUGAUCAAAGCAAUGCUGGAGAGCAUUGGCGUGCCGUUGGAGAAGCUCAGAUUCGUCAAAGGCACUGAUUACCAGCUCAGCAAAGAGUACACUCUAGAUGUGUACAGACUGUCCUCUGUGGUCACACAGCACGACGCCAAGAAAGCCGGUGCUGAGGUGGUGAAGCAAGUGGAACACCCUUUGCUGAGUGGUCUGCUGUACCCAGGACUACAGGCCUUAGAUGAAGAGUAUUUGAAAGUAGAUGCCCAGUUUGGAGGUGUUGAUCAGAGGAAGAUUUUCACCUUCGCAGAAAAGUACCUCCCUGCACUUGGUUACUCAAAACGGGUCCAUCUGAUGAAUCCUAUGGUUCCAGGAUUAACUGGCAGCAAAAUGAGCUCCUCAGAAGAGGAGUCCAAGAUUGAUCUCCUUGAUCGGAAGGAGGAUGUGAAGAAAAAACUAAAGAAGGCUUUCUGUGAGCCAGGGAACGUGGAGAACAAUGGAGUCCUGUCUUUCAUCAAGCAUGUCCUCUUCCCCCUCAAGUCCGAGUUUGUGAUCCUUCGAGAUGAGAAGUGGGGUGGAAACAAAACCUACACGGCUUACUCGGACUUGGAAAAGGACUUUGCUGAUGAGGUUGUACACCCUGGAGACCUCAAAAAUUCUGUUGAAGUCGCCCUGAACAAGUUGCUGGAUCCUAUCCGAGAAAAGUUCAAUACUCCUGCACUGAAGAAACUGGCCAGCGCUGCCUACCCAGACCCCUCGAAGCAGAAGCCAACUGCCAAAGGUCCUGCCAAGAAUUCAGAGCCAGAGGAGGUCAUCCCAUCCCGGCUGGAUAUCCGCGUGGGGAAAGUCAUUAGUGUGGACAAGCACCCAGAUGCAGACAGCCUGUAUGUGGAGAAGGUGGAUGUGGGGGAAGCUGAACCACGGACCGUGGUGAGCGGCCUGGUGCAGUUUGUGCCCAAGGAGGACCUGCAGGAUAGGCUGGUGGUGGUGCUGUGCAACCUGAAGCCCCAGAAGAUGAGGGGGGUCGAGUCCCAAGGCAUGCUUCUGUGUGCUUCUGUAGAAGGGGUAGACCGCAAGGUUGAGCCUCUGGACCCUCCUCCCGGCUCUGCUCCUGGGGAGCGAGUGUUCGUGAAGGGCUAUGAAAAGGGCCAGCCAGAUGAAGAGCUCAAGCCCAAGAAGAAGGUCUUCGAGAAGCUGCAGGCUGACUUUAAAACCUCUGAGGCGUGCAUCGCACAGUGGAAGGAAGCCAACUUCAUGACCACGCUGGGGUGCAUCUCCUGUAAAUCGCUGAAAGGGGGCAACAUUAGCUAGCCAACCCGGCACCUUCCCCCCUUUCCCUGUCAUCCUGAGUCAUCUGCUGUCUCAACUUGCUCCAUCCGUCACCCAUUUGCCCAUCUCCCAGGACACUGAAGCAGGAAAUUGGGGACUUUAUCAGGUGUGGAACUCAGUAAGUGGCAGCUCAGCCUCCCCAGAAUCCAGAACCACCCUGUCCGGCUAAGGUGAGCGGCUGACCGCGCAGGCAGUCACGAAGGUGGGGCAGCAGCCAGGAGCCCAGGUCUGCCUUCUUCCCUUGGCCGCUGACUGGAGAAAUCUGGUUUCAAUAGAAGUCCUAGAAAAGGCUUAUGCCACAGUCCUUCUAAUUGGAAAAAUAUUGGUUCCUGUUUUCCUAGAGUUAUCCCAGCGGCUGUCUCGCUGUCUGGGAUCUGGUGCCUGAGCUGGGCUAAUUACAGCCUUUCCCCAACAGGAAACUGUGGGACUCCAGAAGGAAGGGGAAGGGAAAACAGAGAACCUAGUGGUCUACCGAGCCGCUAGCAGCGGUUUUUUUCCCCAGUGCCCGCCAACCUUGAGGCUUGGCACUGGGGGCAGGGCUCCUGGAAUUUCUCUUCCUUGAUCCUGCUGGGCUGAGACAUUCCCUAGACCAGCUGUGUGUUAAUAUCGGAAGUAGGGUGGGCACAGCUGGAACCCUUCUUUCUUCAGAGAGGGUGGGGUACUUCUCCAUAAGGCAUCUCGAUCAGAAUCACUGUCACUGUCGUGAAUUCAAGUACACUGUCUGAACAAAGGUGUCUGGAUGAGGCCUGUCUGUGAGCUGGACCGCCCCAGGAGCGAGGAACCCGUGUGGGGCAGCCGCCGGGCCCCUCACCAGCCUCGGCUGCUCGCGUCUUGGAAUUCUGACCCUGUAAUGGUGGGAGAUAGUGAAUUGGAGGGAUGACCAAUACUUUGACUUCUCCUUCGUGAUAAAAGCAGGAAAGGCCCGCUUCGGGGUCCAGUGCUUAAGAGCGGCAGAAAGGACACUGUCUCUCCUAAGAGUGGGCCCAGCCCACCACCCUGUCCCUCCCUUAAGAAACAGCAAAUCAUAGCCAAGUUUUAAUCAUUUAAUUAACACCUUUGAAUGAAACACACACACAGCUUUUUCAUGUGUCUCACUCAGGCUUCGGGGCAGAGGGGAAUGGAUUGUUUGUAUAGACAUAUCAAAGACCCCAAAAUUUAAAGAAAUAUAUAUAUACUUCUCUCUCUAACAUUUUUAUGGAAAUUAAAAA